AUGGCUCAUCAAAACUCAGCAAGCGUUAAAGAGCACUCUACAUCACCUGUUACUACCACAGUCUCUACCACCGCCACCUCAGUGCCUGCAGGGCCAGAUCAGAUGAGGCCUGUGGCACUAAGAAAAGGGAUACCUAUGUCGAUGAAACGUGUUCAAGAGUCAGCUCCAGAGGUGGCUUCCCAGCCUGAUGCAAAGCCCUCCGGGCAUCAAAACUCAGCAAGUGUUGAUCCCGCACCACCUGUUGCUACCACAGUCUUCACCGCCGCCACCUCAGAGUCUCCAGCAACAGCUCCAGCAACUUUGGACACAUACACUCCCCUGGGGACAUACUCCCUCAACUAUGAUUCUACAGAGUGGGAUGACAAUCGAGAAACGCCCACUACACCCGUUCCAUUUCUUGAUGUUUGUAUGACCGUAGUGGAUAGCUCUAGAACGCACGUGCUCAGAAUCCCCGAAUUGGACAAGCUAGCCGACUCCCUCGCAGCUCGCUAUCAGGCCAAGAAUGGCAACCUCCCAACGAUUAAACAGUAUUACACGAGCUGGGCAGACCCGGAUGCAAAUGGAGACAUCAAUGUGUACAUCAAGCUCACAAGUCCCGAACUUAUUGCGGCUGCUGCAGACGGAUAUAACCCAGCUGCUCCCAAGUAUUAUGACAUCACCAUCACACUAGACGACUACAGCCAAGUCAAUUUCCCAUUCAUAUUCAUAUCCAUGAGAAUCUUGAUCAGCGCCAACGACAAAAGGCAUUGGUCCCCACUGCAGGAGAUGGAAACAGCCCAUCUCGCCCCAGCUCCUCUGGUGCUGAAGCUCGCAUCCAGUGCGAAGGGCAAGAUACCCAAGGAUAUACAGGCUGGGGCCAACACAUUGGCAAGGUUGUGGGUGGGCUUUGAUGCGGCCAAGUUUCAAGCCACAUCCCAUGACCUAUUGCAGCAGACAAUGAUUUUUCAUAUAAGUGAUACGCAACGUCAGAACUGGGCUAGAAAAGUAAAACCAAUUGAAGGUACAGACCCGCAAAGCCUUCCUGUGGAGCUCAGAUCACUGCUCAACCCAGCACUCAUCAAGUGGCUGCAGGAUAAGUAUAUACCCGCAUGGAUCUGUCAGAGAAUUGGCACAUUGUACAAUAACUAA